GCGCGAGUUCCUGGUUCACCAUUCUCGAGCAAAUACCCCGAAGCCAUCCGCAUUCGUUAAGAGGCGCCAAGAGAAGGAGACUGCUAUGAAUGUUUCCACGGUUUUUCCGGAAGACUACACGGUAAACCAUAGUGAAAUUCCUGUCGCCCAAGCUGAUGUUCUAGAUGACCAAAGUGAAGAAGGCGAUGCUCGAAAACACACUACGCGUGCGCCAAAGUUUAUUCCCCAACACCGGAAGAGAGGAAGAAAAAUUUUCUGGUUUACAAUUUUACAUAUACUGUAUACCAAAUUUCGGGAAAAUGCACAAAACUCCGACGCAGAAAUUCAUAAUAUUAUUAUUAAUCUCACGACUUCGAGACUUAUGGACCUCUUACGGUGCCUUGUGAGAUCACCUGGAUGCUUGGGGGAGACCUACAGCUUGAAUCCAACCUUUCCAGUUCAGUCUAGUGCCCAGUCUACUGGCGUAUAUUCUCCAAGAAUCGGUACGUAG